ACAUCCUAUGCUCAGCUUCUAGCAGCAACGUGCCUGUCGAAGCUUGUAAGCAGGGCAUCUCCACUACCUAUCGAACAAAGGAUUGACAUUCGAAAUUACAUUCUGAACUACGUAGCAUCUCAACCCAAACUGGCUCCUUUUGUCAUCCAAGCUCUUGUGCAAGUCAUUGCUAAAAUUACAAAAUUAGGAUGGUUUGAGGUACUGAAAGAUCAGCUCAUCUUCAGAGACAUUAUUGCUGAUGUAAAAAAAUUUUUGCAGGGCACUGUGGACCAUUAUAUAAUAGGAGUAAUGAUUCUCUCAGAACUGACUCAGGAAAUGAAUCUAGUUGAUUAUUCAAGACCUUCAGCAAAACAUCGUAAAAUAGCUACCUCAUUCCGUGACACCUCUCUAAAGGACAUACUGAUGCUUGCGUGCUCUCUUUUGAAGGAGCUCUUGGCAAAACCUUUAACCCUUCAGGACCAACGGCAGCAAAGUCUAGCAAUGCAACUUUUGAAGCUUGUACUAAACUGUCUUAAUUUUGAUUUCAUUGGAAAUUCAGCUGAUGAAUCUGCAGAUGACCUGUGCACUGUGCAGAUUCCAACAAAUUGGAGAACAAUCUUCCUGGAGCCAGAGACCUUGGACCUGUUUUUUGAUUUGUAUCAUUCCCUUCCACCAAUGCUGUCUCAGUUAGCACUUUCUUGUUUAGUUCAGUUUGCUUCUACAAGGAGAUCUUUAUUCAGCAAUCCAGAACGUGCCAAAUAUCUUGGUAAUCUAAUCAAAGGAGUGAAACAAAUUCUUGAAAAUCCACAGGGUUUAGCUGAUCCGGGUAAUUACCAUGAAUUCUGUCGGUUUUUGGCUCGGCUAAAGACAAACUAUCAACUAGGAGAGCUAGUAAUGGUGAAAGAUUACCCAGAAGUCAUCCAACUUAUAGCAAAUUUUACUAUUACGAGCCUACAGCACUGGGAGUUCGCUCCAAAUAGUGUUCAUUAUUUGCUAACUCUGUGGCAAAGAAUGGUAGCAUCUGUACCUUUUGUGAAAACGGCAGAACCCCACCUCUUAGAUACAUAUGCACCUGAGAUAACAAAAGCUUAUAUCACUUCUAGACUGGAAUGUGUUCCUGUAGUUAUAAGAGAUGGCUUAGAAGAUCCACUGGAUGAUACAGCUACAGUUUUCCAACAGCUGGAGCAACUGUGCACAGUUAGCAGGUGUGAAUACGAAAAGACGUGUACACUUCUUGUACAGUUGUUUGACCAAAAUGCACAAAACUACCAAAAACUAUUGCACUCUUCUAGUAGGAAUCCAUUAGAAAUCACAGUUCAGGAAGGAUGUCUGGCAUGGCUUGUCUAUUUUGUGGGUACUUUUGUGGGAGGACGAUUGACAUACACUAGUACUGAUGAACAUGAUGCCAUGGAUGGAGAAUUAUCCUGUCGAGUUUUUCAGCUGAUAUCUUUGAUGGAUGCCCAGUUACCACAGUCUAGUAAUGAAAAAGUAGAACUGGCAAUUCUGUGGUUCUUGGAUCAGUUCCGUAAAACAUAUGUGGGAGACCAACUUCAGCACACCUCAAAGGUGUAUGCCCGAAUGUCAGAAGUCUUAGGAAUAACAGAUGACAACCAUGUUCUGGAAACAUUUAUGACAAAAAUUGUUACAAAUCUUAAAUACCGGGGAAGAUGUGAGCCCGUGAUUUCAAGAACUCUUCAGUUUCUAAAUGACCUUUCUGUUGGUUAUAGUCUCCUGAAAAAGCUUGUGAAAAUAGAGGCUGUGAAAUUCAUGCUUCAGAAUCACACAAGUAAGCACUUCCCUUUCCUGAGUGUCAGUGAUAACUACAGCCUCAGUGACCUUAGGUGCCGGACAAUGUUCUACACUGCCCUCACUCGUCUUCUCAUGGUAGAUUUAGGUGAAGACGAGGAUGAGUUUGAGAAUUUCAUGCUCCCCCUCACAGUUUCGUUUGAAAGUGUGAGUCAGAUAUUCAACAGUAGUUUUGAACAAGAAGAAGCAAAGCGUAUGUUGAUCGGGCUGGCAAGGGAUCUUCGAGGGAUUGCCUUUGCUCUGAACACAAAGACCAGCUACACCAUGCUGUUUGACUGGAUAUACCCUGCGUACAUUUCUGUUCUGCAAAGAGCUAUUGAACUGUGGUAUCGCGAACCUGCGUGUACAACCCCUAUCUUGAAGCUGAUGGCAGAAUUCAUGCAAAACAGGUCGCAGCGUUUAAAUUUUGAUGUAUCCUCUCCAAAUGGAAUUCUUCUCUUCAGAGAAGCCAGUAAAAUGAUUUGUACCUAUGGUAAUCAGAUCCUCUCUCUUGGGACUUUGUCAAAAGAUCAGGUUUAUCCGUUGAAACUCAAGGGCAUUUCCAUCUGUUACUCUGCACUCAAAUCUGCCUUAUGUGGAAAUUAUGUCAGCUUUGGCGUCUUCAAGUUGUACGGGGACAACCACUUUGACAAUGUACUUCAGGCCUUUGUCAAAAUGCUGCUUUCAGUAUCCCACAGUGACUUGCUACAAUACCGAAAACUAAGCCAGUCUUACUACCCGCUUUUGGAGUGUCUGACCCAAGAUCAUAUGAGUUUCAUUACCAGUUUAGAACCUCGUGUCCUAAUCUAUAUUCUUACCUCAAUAUCUGAAGGACUUACUGCAGUAGAUACAAUUGUCUCCUCCAGCUGUUGCGCUAGUUUAGACUACAUUGUCACCUACCUCUUCAAGCACCUCGCUAAAGAAGGCAAGAAGACUCUAAGAUGUAGAGAGAUUUCACAGGAUGGACAGAGAUUGCUUCAUUUCAUGCAGCAGAACCCAGAAGUUCUACAGCAG